GCCUCCACCACGUCCAACAUGUCAUCGUCGUCUUCCUCCAAUGCCAACGCCAACGCCAACGCAGGCACUCCAACCACCCCCAGCGUUGGAGAGAGGAGAAGAUCGAGUGCCAACCCGAACUCUCUCUUUUCCAACUUGAACACCCAGAAAAGAAACUCGACCGACCCAAAUGCUGAGCAGAGGCGGGCGAGCUAUAAUGACCAGAUGCAGCGGGGUGGGUUCUUUUCCAAGUGGUGGGAUGGAUAUACUAAGGGUAAUAAUUGAUUUUCUGUGACAUUCAUGAUGUUGAACAAUGCGUCAGAUUGUCAUGUGUUGAAUCCAAUUGUGUCGAAAUUGGUUUUGUUAAUAGUUCAAAUAAUUCAAUGUACUUGCCAUGUUAUAUAGUCAAGAUACUUGAAAGAUUGUAGAACCUUAGGCAUGUUACUCCACAUCUCAUCCACUGGAUGAUCGGUGAUGAGCCAGUAAUUGGCCAAAUGGCGGCAGUUUUCGUGAAAGAUGCAUGUCUACAAUACUACGAAAUGUCUACUCUUACCUUCGCC